AUGGACGAGGGUUCUGAUCCGAAGGCCCCUCGACGCAAGAGGGUCUCCAGAGCUUGUGACAGGUGCCGAAGCAAAAAGGACAAAUGUGAUGGCAUACGCCCCUCUUGCUCCGCCUGCCAGGCCUCAGGCCAGACUUGUUCGUACGACCCGCAUGCGAAGAAACGUGGAUUACCGGAAGGAUACGUGCGAGGGCUAGAGAAGCUCUGGGCGUUGUCGAUCUGCAAUAUCGAUGGGUUUGAAGACACCAUGCUGGCUCUUUUGGGCACCACGGCCGAGUCGGCUGGUCGCCGAGAUAAAAUCAGGAGUCUAUGGGCCAAUGAUGGAGCAUCUGAAACGAUGCAUGAAUCCUGGAAAACCAGCCGGCUCUAUGGCGCCCUAGAAAAAAUGCUGUCAAACCCUGAUGCUUCGCCGUCGCGUGGUUCUGAAAAGCGCUCUCGUGAGGAAAUUGACGACGCCUCGACCAGUAGGGAGACCGCAUGGGGGUUUCGCAUAGAGCGCAGCUCGUCCUCUUUAUCAACGGGCGCUCCGCGCGUAGUAGAACCCUCCGCCUCAUUCUCUCCUGCUAAGAAAGCUCGCCUCUCUUACCCGUCGAGUAGUCAGUCUACCUCGCUGGCUCCGGGCGCUAAAAAUUCGCUCGAGUUACCGACUCAGACCUCGCAGCUUUUAGACGUUUACUUUGCCGUCACACAUUCAUGGUUUCCUAUCGUCGCUAAACAUAACAUUCUCCGAGCGUCAUAUCUUUACGUUAACGGCCCUCUAUCGCUUACCAACACUACUCCCGGAUCCGGUAAUCAUGCUGCACUCUGGGCUGUACUUAGCUACACCCUCUCUCAGUCUCAAACGAACUUGCAGGAUGGGUCGCUGGAGAGAUUGAAUCGGACGAAGGAAUAUUAUGCCGUCUCUCGCGCCUUGAUUCCAUCCGAGACAGACCAAUAUGAAAUAGGCCACGUGCAAGCGCUACUGCUACUAACUAUGGUCAACAUCGGUCUCGAAGAGUGGACUGCGGCCUGGUUGCUAAGCGGCCAGGCAGUGCGGAUGGCUAUUUCAAUGGGCUUGGGCGCUUUCGCCGAUGUUCGACGAUCUGACGAUCUGAGGCAAGGAAAAGCGGUAUUUCUUGGAUGCUUUGUCCUUGAUUCGCUGCUUUCUUUCCGUCUAUCUCGAAGGCCCUGUAUGCAUCCCCGCGACAUAUCCUCGGUGGGGCUCUUAGAAGAGGAUGGCUUAGAAGAGUGGAAUUCCUGGGCAGACGUCUUACCCGCUGCCGGCGGGAAACAUGGAUCCAAUUCUCCCCGACGAGGCCCCCUACUCGCCCUGAGCUGCUUCAAUCGGCUAGUGGAAUUGGCUAGCGUGUUGAAUAAGAUUGCCCGUGAUGCUGCGACCGGAGCCAACGCACACAUGUUUGCACAGCAGCUGGUUAUGGAGCUUAAGCAAUGGGAUGAUCGCUUACCGUUGGGGUGUCGACUGAUCGGUCCCGAGAGUAUCUAUCCUGAGCGGCACUCUGCAUUACUUCCACACCAAACCUACUUAGGGCUAACUUAUGUGGCUACUCUACUCUGGCUAUACCUACGGAUCGCACCCCAGGAACUCGGGCUGCCCCGUUCCCAACGUCCCGCCGUCGAGGGCGCAAAGAAAAUCCUCUAUAGAGCUCUGCCAAUGUUGUCUCAACAUAUGGAAAACUUUCAGGCGUGUGGUCUUCCGCCAGUGUUCGAGUUUACCAUAAGGACGAUGGCAGAACAGGCAUUUACCCUGCGCAACAGGAUCGAGUCCGACAUGUUCCCCUUCGGACGGUGGGCCGAAGCUCUCUUCCAACGAACAAAGGAACUCAGGCCAUCCUGGCCCGUUUACGGCACAUUGGCUUCGACCAUCGAGCGUUGGUAUCGCUCCAAAAGUCUACCAGAAUCCGCGUCACCUUCCUUUCACGUCCCAGAUUUGGAAAGCACGCCUUUCAGGGGUGGCAGUCUUUCUGGCCACAAUACCUUCGACGACCCCAUGACCGUGACUGCCACGCACCAACAAAACCCGAACGGGGAGGCGUCUGUGACUCCAGGGACCCUUUUGGCAACAGCGGAGCCCAAUUACACGUCAUCCAUAUUGGGGAUCACCAUCCCCGUGGAUGCACAAUAUCUAACGCCAAAAGACACGGUCAUGGAAAAUGCCGAUCUAUCCAUGCUAGAUGCGACUUUCCGAGAUCAACCUCAGACCCAACCACCUCGUCCGGCGAAUACCACACCGACGCUCAUAGACAAGCCCGACACAGCGGCCGAUCUGGACGCACUAUUACCGCCCGUCCCACCCCAUCCGCCCACUCCCGACUCAUCCGUUUCGAAUCCCAUGCUGCCUGCGAAACCCAUGAGCAACGACCCGCCUCGAUCCUCCGGGAACAAUCUCAGUCUUGGCCACGACAAUUCCGACAUGUCGGAACCCUCCGUUUCUAGUAGAGACAUUGAUUCCAUUUUCAAAGAUCUGGCGUAUCUUGACACCACUGAGUGGGCCACCAGUCGCGAGGCAGGCUUGAAGGACUUUGGAUUUAUAGAUGACAGUACUUUCCACGCAUUCUGCCAUGACCCAGACCGACUCGCCGGGUCCCAGCCCUUAGUCCACCCCCCGUCGAUCGCAGACAUCUGGCCGCCUCCGGGGUUCUUUCCGGAAACGUUCCAAGAUUCCUCGGAAGAUACGAUGGAGGGGUGA